CUUAUGAUCUCACCAGCUUUAAAGCUAAUACUCUCUUUCAAAAUAAUUUGUAUCCUCAGGUCAAUAGUAGACAGGUACCGAUGCAAGGUUUAGAGAAGAUGGAGCUCGUUCAAGACUCAUCUUUCAUUUUGUUUAUACUUUAGUGUCUAUGAUAAUUUGGCAGAACACUUGUAUUAAAAUUAUAUUAUUAAUGCAAUGGAUGAUGUUGUUGCUUGUUUACUACUUUUCAUUGUUGUGAUACUGGACAUGACGUCCUCUGCCCUAGAACGUUUCCUCCGUUCUUUGUUUUGGGGUGUGACACUUGAUAUGGCUGAUCUGGAUCAAAUAAUGAGUGAUUUGAGUUACCUUAGAGAGUCAAAAUACAGUGAAGCAGAGAUGUUUUUGUGUCUUAAUAUCACCCAAUCACAACUAAAAGGAUUUGAUGCUUUGAUUCACCAAUCCGAACAAGAUGCAAAGGAUGUGCCUUUUGUGAGUGAACAUGUACUAGAAACACAAGAGGACAAUGGUGAAGAUGGAGCUGAAGAAUCACAGGAGGACAAUGAUGAAGAUGGAGCUGAAGAAUCACAGGAGGACAAUGAUGAAGAUGGAGCUGAGGAUGAUGAAGAGGGAGUUGAUGAUACUCAAGUUAGGGUUAGAACUCAAGUCAGUGUUAGAACAAGAAAAACUUCUGAAAGGAUCACUGAAAACAUGUUGAAGAAAAUUGUGAUCGACAAGAAAGGAAUAGGAAUGGCUCUAGAUAAACCUCUUGCUUUGGAUUAGAUUGGUUAGGAUUUAAGCGGUUAUAUGGGCUACUUGGGCAAAUUUGUUAAGAAUCCCUUUUUGGUAAAUUUGUUAAUAUGCCCUUUCUUUUGUAAACAAUAUACAAUAUGGCUGCAUUGUUAACACUUUAGGACUUUAGAUUGGUUAGGAUUUAAGUAGUUAUAUGGGCUAUUUGGGCAAAUUUGUUAGGAAGCCCUUUUUGGUAAAUUUGUUAAUAGGGAUAUGCCCUUUCUUUUGUAAACACUUUG